AUGCGCCGGCCGCCGCGCCGCGCCGCCGCCGCCGCCCGCAGGCUCCGGCCGCUGCUCCUGCUCCUCCCCUUCGCCGCGCUGCUCUGCGCCGCCACCUUCUCCCUCCACCACCCGGACCGCCUCGGCCCCACCACCGUCACCGUCACCGUCACCGCCACCCACGCCGAGGAGGACGCGCGCCCGCACCACCUCUCCUCCCCGCGCCUCCGCCUCGAAAUCUCCCGCCUCGACUUCCGCGCGCUCGACGCCACCCCGCCGCUCCACGCGGUCGCCGCGCGCGCGUUCCGCGACGGCGCGCGCCUCCUCCGCGACGCCCUCUCCGUCUCCGCCACCGCCACCGCCACCGCCGCGCCGCCGCCCCGGUGCCCGCCCUCCGUCGCGCGCUCCGGCGAGGCGCUCCGCGCCGCGGGCGGCGUCCUCGCCCUGCCCUGCGGGCUCGCGCUGGGGUCCCACGUCACGGUGGUCGCCUCGCCGCGCCGGGUGCCCGGCGGCGGCCUCGCGCAGUUCGCGGUCGACCUGCGCGGCGCGGGGGACGGGGAGGCCGCGUCCACGAUCCUCCACUUCAACCCGCGCCUGCGCGGCGACUGGAGCGGCCGCCCGGUGAUCGAGCUCAACACCCGCUUCCGCGGCCAGUGGGGCCCCGCGCAACGGUGCGAGGGCUGGCGCCGCUCCGACGAGGAGACCGUUGAUGGAUUGGUGAAAUGUGAGCAAUGGGCCUGGAACACUGGUGGUACAUUUGAGGAGUUGAAGAGGAUGGGGUUGCGUAACCGUGUUGCUGGACACAGAAGCAGAGAUUUGAUGGAUUGGCCUUAUCCUUUUGUGGAGGGUGAAUUAUUUAUUCUAACAAUAAGUGCUGGUUUGGAAGGUUAUAAUGUUCAAGUUGAUGGAAGGCAUGUAGCAUCUUUUCCUUAUCGCAUUGGCUUUAUUCUUGAGGAUGCCACUACGGUGCAAGUAAAUGGUGAUAUUGAGGUUGAGUCAAUGGUUUCUGGUGCAUUACCCACGGCUCAUCCUAAAAUUGUACAAAGAAAUCUGGAAUUGCUGGCUGAACUGAAAGCCCCUCCUCCUGAAGAACCUGUAGAGCUGUUCAUAGGCAUUCUUUCAGCAGGAAGCCACUUCACUGAGCGCAUGGCUGUGAGGAGAUCAUGGAUGUCUGCAGUACGAAAUUCAUCCAAUACCAUGGCUCGUUUUUUUGUUGCCUUGAAUGGUAAAAAGGAGGUUAAUGAAGAUUUGAAGAAAGAAGCUGAUUUCUUCAGGGACAUUAUCAUUGUGCCUUUUGUCGAUAGCUACGAUCUGGUUGUUCUGAAGACUGUUGCCAUUUGCGAAUACGCGGCUCGUGUUGUUUCUGCGAAGUACAUCAUGAAGUGCGAUGAUGACACCUUCGUUAGACUAGAUACAGUUAUGGCUGAAGUCAAGAAAAUCCCAGAUGAUAAAAGCUUCUAUGUGGGGAACAUGAACUACUACCACAGGCCACUGCGAGAAGGAAAAUGGGCUGUCUCUUAUGAGGAGUGGCCCAGAGCUGCGUACCCACCCUACGCGGAUGGUCCUGGCUACAUUGUUUCUUCUGACAUCGCCAACUUCGUCGUGUCCGAAAUGGAGAAGGGCAGACUGAAUCUGUUCAAGAUGGAGGACGUGAGCGUGGGCAUGUGGGUGGGGCAGUUCAACGGCACGGCGAAGGCCGGCGUGGAGUACGUCCACAGCGCGAGGUUCUGCCAGUUUGGCUGCGUCGACGACUACCUCACCGCCCACUACCAGUCGCCGGGGCAGAUGCUCUGCCUCUGGGAGAAGCUGGAGCAAGGGAGGCCGCAGUGCUGCAAUGCCAGAUGACACAGAGCGAAGAUCGCUUCAGUGAAACCCUUGCUACCGCCGUGACAAAUCCAAGCUCAUUUUUCAGUGGAGAUUGGGUAAGCUAAGCCAGUUUCAGAGGGGAACCUGACAAGCUACUUCCACCACCAGAACUAGUGAACAUAGACAAGUAGUAAACACAUACCCUGUCAGAUCGAAAGGUAACCUAUACCAAAUUAUACAUGUUAAUGCUAGUAUUAUAAACUAAUCGGUAUUC